AUGCGGAUGUCAACGGAUGGGCGCCUUGACGAAUGAGCAAAAGGAAAAAAGUAUGAGCAAACGGCCACGACAAAAGAUUAGGACCGAUGCAACUCGAGCUGGAGGAGAAAGUCAGGAGCAAGGUGAUGCGGUGCAGGCAAGGAGAAGGAAACUGGGUAACACGGCGACAGCAAGAAUAACCGAGAAAGAGGAGGAAAUCUACAGUUUUGACAGUGGAUGGGCAAAGGGUUUUGAUCCUUCUGAGCUGAAUGAUGAUGGGCGGAAGAUGUUUGGUUUCCCCGAAGAAGAAACAAGAAUGUCUCCAAAGGAGAAGCGGGAAAGAGAAAAAGCGCUGCAAAUUGCUGGACAGAAAUCUCAAGAGCCUCAACGCCUCACCCACAAAAUGUUAAGGGUUAUGGCCGGCAAGGAAGGAGGAAGAAAGCUGUGGUCGCCUGCAGAUGAGAAAGUCAGGCCAAUGAUGGAGGUUGUAAGAGGAGCUGUCUUCAGCAUGCUUCAAGCGCUUGCAGGAUCGCCGAGCAUGAUGCCACCGGGGCGAUGGCUGGAUCUCUACAGCGGUACUGGCUCUGUCGGGAUCGAGGCAUUGAGUCGGGGCUGUCAGUCGAGCCAUUUUGUGGAGCUGGACCCAUGGGUCAUCAACAAUGUGCUAUCAAGGAAUCUUGACGUGACAAAUUUUACAGACAAGGCAGUGAUUCAUAUGCAGAGGGUAGAGGCAUUCCUGGAAAGAACUGAGAAAUCAGGAGGUGCCAGCUCAUUGGACCGGAUGUGGGUGGAUCAAGUGGAAGUUGUUUUGAGUGGAACUUUUCACUAUGCUGUCUGUGGUGAGAAUUGGACAGGACCACAAGCUAUUGUAGAGUACCCCCGGAAAUCCAAGUCAGAGAUUCUUGACCGCUGUGGUCCGCUGCACAAGAUCCGAGACCGGAGAUAUGGGCGAACGAAUGUGGCCGUGUACGGGCCCGAAUGGGCAAUUGAGUGAAAAAUAAUGCGUUGGAAAUAUGAUGGAAAACAUCUACAGCCAAAAAAAAAAAAAAAGAAGCAAUUUUCACAAAUUUUCAGAGAAUUGAUUGUUCUUAUUUUUCGAUUCGUAUUUCAUAUUCUCAGAGGGUUUAACUCUUGUAUGUCUCAGAAAGGCACCCUUUGCUCUCCUUCAUGGCAUGUCUUUUUUUUUUUUUUUUUUUUUUUUUUUUUUUUUUUUUUUGUUAGAAAAAACAGCGUUGUUGAAAUAGAAGGGGUGGUAUAUGCAAUGUUGAAUUUGCAAUACAUCAAAUUAUUUUUCUGUCAAUCGAUCGAAUGAUUCAAAUCAACAUCAAGUAAAUGAAUUUCAUAUCGACGA